AUGCACGGAGACCAAGUCCCUUGCACCACCAAGACUAGCGGCGUCACGUUGUUCGAGAACUACCAAGUCGACUCUUCCAUCAUCUACACGGGCUUCUUUUACACCAUUGACCAAGCAAUUCCCGACUCUACCAACAACGUGAGCUCCGACACGGCGUCGUCCACCGACUCGCGCGGCGACCAGCCCGUGAUGGACUACCCCAACACCUUCGAAGGCCCCGAGAAGAACCUUGAGGUCGACCUCGUGCCCGCUUGCGACGGCGCGGACCCGCGUGGUCUGCGCGCGCUGUCGCGGGCCCAGAUCGACGCGCUUCUGGACGCUGCCAAGUGCACGAUCCUCUCGCACGUCUCCAACGCGCACCUCGACGCGUACGUCUUGUCCGAAUCGUCGCUCUUUGUGUACCCGCGCAAGAUGCUCAUCAAGACGUGCGGCACGACGACGCUCCUCAAGGCGCUCCCGCUCCUCACCGAGUACGUGCGCGACCUCGGCCUCGCGGUCGAGAAGGUGCGCUACUCGCGCAAGAACUUUCUGCUGCCGGACGACCAGCUCUUCCCGCACACGUCGUUCGCGUCCGAAGUCGACUACCUCAACGACUUCUUCCCGAACGGCGCCGCCCACAUCCUCGGCCCGAUCAACGCCGACCACUGGUUUGCGUAUGCGUGGGACGUACACGAGCACGGCGAGCCGGUCGCCAAGCCGUCGGCCGGCGUCAAGGAGCACACGCUGCACAUCCUCAUGCAGGACAUGCACGAAGACGCGGCCGCGGCCUUCUUCAAGCGCGACAACGGCUGGGACGGCGCCGUGAUGAGCGAGAAGAGCGGUAUCCGCGACCUCGCGCCGGAUGCGAUCAUGGACGCCUUUGCGUUCGAGCCGUGCGGCUACAGCAUGAACGCGAUCGACGGUCCGUCGUACUCGACGAUCCACAUCACGCCCGAGUCGCACUGCAGCUACGCCAGCUACGAGACGAACGACAUGGUCGGCGCGUACGGCCCGCUCAUCCAGGACGUCGUCGGCGUCUUCCGGCCCGCCAAGUUUACGGUCACCAUGUCCGUUGUCGGCGAGCUGACCAUGAAGGACCACAUCUUCAAGAAGAAGGACUUUAACGGCUACAAGCGCCGCGGCGGCUGGACGCAAGCCCACAUGGACGGCGACAUUACUGUGCUCAAGGCCAAUUUCGCCGUCGCCAACUAA